UUUACUUGCUUGGAGAGGGAACGAACCCGAGAGCUUGAAGCAGAUUUCAUCUCUGAUUUCCUCUCUAUUUCCUGGUGCGCCUGCAAAAAGCAAGCCCCACAGGAUUGGGUUCUUCUUCCUCUUACCUUUCUUUCUUUGUGCAGUUGAGAGAGGGAGAGGAUGGCAUCUUUGCAGCAAGAGAAGCUGUGAGAAUCAGAUUCACCCCAUGUCAAUAUCAAUAGUCUAAGUCGUGACCGAUUGAGUCUAAAGGGUUAGAGAGAGAGUGAGACCGGAGCUCGUCUCGUAGUGUAGUUGUUGAGUAGGUGGAUGGGCCUCUGCCAUGGAAAGCCCAACCCUCCUCCUCCUCCACUGGAGGAGGUGGUCCCUCCUGCAACUGCCCAACCACCACCCUCUUCCAUCAAUGGGGAAGGAGGAGGAGGAGGAGGAGAGAGAAAUGUUGCAACAACAACAACAACAAGUGCAGCAUCAGAGGAGGUGCAUACCACAACAGUGGGGAAACCCUCACCUUUCCCUUUUUACAGUCCAAGCCCAGCCCACCAUUACCUAUUCAAGAACUCACCUGUGAAUUCUAACUCUACGCCUCGUCGUUUCUUCAAGCGUCCCUUCCCUCCCCCGUCGCCCGCUAAGCAUAUUAGAGCGGUGCUUGCUCGAAGGCACGGGUCGGUGAAGCCAAAUGAGGCUGCUAUUCCUGAGGGGAGGGAGGCUGAGGUCACGUUGGAUAAAAGUUUCGGGUUUUCAAAGCAUUUCUCGUCCAAGUAUGAUCUUGGAGAAGAAGUGGGGCGAGGACACUUUGGGUAUACGUGCUCUGCUCGGUUCAAGAAGGGUGAGCUCAAGGGCCAGCAGGUUGCUGUCAAGAUCAUCCCCAAAGCCAAGAUGACCACAGCCAUAGCCAUUGAAGAUGUGAGGAGGGAGGUGAAAAUUUUAAGAGCUUUGACUGGACAUACCAAUCUAGUGCAAUUUUAUGAUGCCUAUGAAGAUCAUGACCAUGUGUAUAUAGUAAUGGAAUUAUGUGAAGGAGGGGAGCUUUUGGAUCGGAUACUUUCAAGGGGAGGGAAAUACUCAGAAGAUGAUGCCAAGGCUGUCAUGGUUCAGAUUUUGAAUGUUGUUGCUUUUUGUCAUCUGCAAGGAGUAGUUCACCGAGAUCUCAAACCAGAGAAUUUCCUUUUUACAACAAAGGAUGAAAACUCACAGUUGAAGGCCAUAGACUUCGGCUUAUCAGACUUUGUCAAACCAGAUGAAAGGCUUAAUGACAUUGUGGGAAGUGCUUAUUAUGUUGCACCCGAAGUCCUACAUCGGUCAUAUAGUACAGAGGCUGAUGUCUGGAGUAUUGGUGUGAUCGCAUACAUUCUUCUAUGUGGGAGCCGACCUUUCUGGGCGCGAACAGAAUCUGGUAUUUUUCGUGCCGUCUUAAAAGCUGAUCCAAGUUUUGAUGAAGCACCUUGGCCUUCAUUAUCUUUGGAAGCAAAAGAUUUUGUUAAGCGUUUGUUAAACAAAGAUUCAAGGAAAAGAAUGACCGCUGCUCAGGCUCUCAGCCAUCACUGGAUACGAAAUUUCAGCACAUUAAAAGUUCCUUUGGAUAUUCAUAUUUUCAAACUCAUUAGGGCAUAUUUAUGCUCUUCAUCCCUUCGUAAAUCCGCUUUGAUGGCUCUAUCAAAAACACUGACUGUGGAUGAGCUCUUUUACCUGCGGGAACAGUUUCAAUUGUUAGAGGCGAACAAAAAUGGGUGCAUUUCUCUUGAAAACAUUAGGAUGGCCUUAAUGAAACAUGCAACAGAUGCGAUGAAGGAGUCAAGGGUUCAUGAGCUUCUUACUUCGAUGACAGCACUUCUAUACCGGAAGAUGGAUUUUGAAGAAUUCUGUGCUGCAGCAAUAAGUGUCCACCAACUUGAAGGUUUGGACCGCUGGGAGCAACAUGCUCGCUCCGCUUUCGAGCUCUUUGACAAGGAGGGCAACAGGGCCAUUGUCAUUGAGGAACUUGCAUCGGAGCUUGGGCUUGGUCCUUGUGUCCCCGUGCAUGCGGUUCUUCACGACUGGAUAAGACAUACAGAUGGUAAACUGAGUUUUUUAGGGUUUGUCAAACUGUUACAUGGUGUGUCUUCUCGACCCCAGACUGUAAAGCCCCAAUAAAAAUACAAUGGGCUAUUGGCUUUUAUGGGAGCUACCCAUCUUUUUAAUUGGGUGAAAGAGGCAAACGUGGAUGGAGGGUUCUUGGAGUGAUACAAUUGGGAUGCUGGUUAAAAAGGUUUCAGUGUUAGAAAAGGGGGAAGCACUUUGAUGGCAGAAUAUCUCUUAAAGGUUCUGUGUCUCCUUUUGUAGACUCUUUGGCAACUCAGAGAUACAAGUCUAGCAAAGCUUGCUCGUGCCCUGAGAGAAUCAUAUGAUCAGAAAUUGAAGAAAUGAGUGGUUUGAAGAUCGACAAUAGGCGCCCUCUUCCUGUACUGUAAUCUCCUUUUUGUUCAGAUCCAUUUGUAUGCAUGGUUGGUUGGUCCACUUUAGAUGGGGUGGAGGAUGAAUGGUCUUUUUGAUAUAUAAAUGACUGGUUGAAUUUCUUGUCACUAUUGAAUGCCUGGGCCCUUCUUAACCCUUUUUUGGUUAGACCAGACUGAACUAGGUCUUACUAACCUUAAAACUGUGGGGAUGGGAACUGCCUAACAACUAGUGGUUGUCCUGACCUUAAAUAUGAGCCAACAAGUUUAAACAGUUUCAGUCCUAAAAAUAGGUAAAAGUGACUCAAAAGGUGCAAAGGCUUUGAGAAGUUAGUUGGAUAGGCCUGGUCUGUUGGAUAGGCCUGGUCUGGUUGAAUUGUUUCCAUGGUCUCACAUUCCAAGAGGCAUGGAGCAUUGUCUGGUCUCUCUUGACUUUGGCCUGGUGAAUUGCCUCAGUGUCUCUUUUAGGAGCAUAACUAAAAUGUGGAAAUGAAUUUUACGGAAUGGGAUAUUUACCGAAAUCCCCAUGAAUAGAACCAAAUUUUAUUUCAUGGUAUUUGUA